GUCGGUUCACAGCUUCCAACCCCAACCAUCUUACACAAUGUCUUUUCGCAAGAGGAACAUAGGACUCUCGGCGGGUUUUGAUCGCAACGGUGCCGUCAAUCCCAGCGCGCAGCCGCAACAGGCACCUGCAACGCCAGAAUCGACACCCGGAGUUCGCCCCUCCCCCGAUGAUGGACGACCGACUACCUCGACAGGAACGCCGUCGCUUGACAACCUCUUAGCCGGGCAUGGAGGACUCCCCAUAGGAAAGAUAUUGCUGGUGGAGGAGAAUGGAACUACGGACUUUGCCGGUGCAUUGCUACGGUACUAUGCGGCGGAAGGUGUUGUACAGGAUCAGAAGAUCCAUGUCGUCGGAAUGCCCGAGCAAUGGGGCAGAAGUUUGCCGGGUCUGAUAGGCCCUGCUGAUGCCGUUGAUGAGAAGCAAGACAAACGAAAAGGCGAUCGCAUGAAGAUCGCUUGGCGGUACGAGCGUCUGGGCGAAUUUGGAGCAGGAAUUGCUGGAUCGAGAGCUUCAGUACCCUCGGGCGAUCAGAGCCAAUCUGCUACAGAUGCAAGCGUGGAUAAGCGACCAGCAUUCUGCCAUGCCUUUGACCUCACGAAACGUCUCACCCACCCUUCCAUAACCAACCUGAACUAUAUACCUCUCGCGCCGUCGAACGAGCCUUUGCUCGUGACGAUUCAAAAGCGCCUUCAGGCGGCAAUUGCAUCAUCCCCACCAAACACCGUCCACCGCAUCGUCAUCCCUUCCUUGUUGAACCCCACGAUAUACCCACCUGAAACUAGCCAGCCCGAUCACCUUUUGCCGUUCCUACACUCCCUCAGGGCAUUGAUGAGCGCACCUGGAGCCCGGAUCACAGCGAUGAUCACGUUGCCAUUAUCCCUCUUCCCCCGGUCCACAGGCCUCGUGCGAUGGAUGGAAAUAUUAAGCGACGGUGUGAUUGAGUUAUGUCCCUUCCCGCACUCCUCUGACGCCCUCGCCACCUCGGGGGCCGCUACAUCGCACGAAGAACCGCCACAAGGCAUGCUGAAAGUCCAUCGGCUCCCAGUGCUGCACGAACGCGGCGGUGGCAGUGACCAGAACAUCGGACUGGACUGGGCGUUCACGCUGAGCCGGAAGAGGUUUGAAAUUAAACCGUUCAGUUUACCACCGGAUGAAGGAGACAAAGAAGGACAGGAGGCGGCAGUGACGGGUGGGAUGCCCAAGAAGGCGGAUCUGGAAUUCUGAGAUGGUGCGGUGGGUGGACGACAAGAACAACUACCACAGAUCAUUCUUCGUGAUCUGCAUUCCCCAACAUAUCCUCCAGCUCGAUCUGCUCGGACAUGGCGGAGCCAGUGGUGCCCAUCGAUCGGAAGUAGUGUCUCCCAUACGAGUCACGCCCGGGUUCUGAUGAGAAAUGAGAUCGAAGACGAGAGAAGCCAAGCCAUGCUUCGUGCUGUCAGCAGCUAUCGUCGAGGAUGAAGAGCAGUGUUACCUAGAAGUAGCAGGAAUGGGGCGAAGAACACCAAGAAUAGUAGCAAGAGGAGGUUCAUUGCGGAUGAAGUGGCUUGGCCGCUUGGUGAGCUUCAAUGAUAAUCAACGUUUACAGUGGACAGCUCUAGAAUCUCUGGCUGCUUGGCCAUAUCAUGACUAAGCAUUAUUAGUUAUACCCUAGCUCAAAUAGGCAAAGCGCAUUCUGGGCAGCUCUUUAAGAGCUCCCACC